CAUACACAUAGUAACACAUAUUAACGUCCUGGCCAUUUUUAGUCCAUCUGGCCGUGUACAAACAAAACAUGGGGAAAGGUGUCCUAUCGUAUUGAUUUGGAGUGGGCCCGUUGCCUCCCUUUUAACGUUUUAAAUUGACAUAAAAUUGCGUAAAUAAAUAAAUUUGACAUAAAAUAUUCCUAUUCACCUUGAGGGCUUUUAUUUAUUUUGAAUGCUUUUAGCUAUCUAUCUUGUGGCAACCAACCAGCUUGUGCUGCAGUACCAAAUUGUUCCUCAGUGGGCAGCAGUGAGCUGAUGGGGAAACCCGCAAAUGCUUAACAAGUUGCACCCGUGAGUCAGUGAAACCCGACUCUUCUUCGAUUACCCGAGUCAGUGAAAGAAGAGUGUUGUGUCUCAUGUCAAGCACCUGUGAGUAAGUGAAACUCUAUAGUCAUAAAAACUCAAUGAGCCUUUGUUGAGUACCCGAGAGUCAGUCAACCACCAGUCUUUUUACCUCUGAAUCAGUGAAAGUGGAGUCGUUCAAGUCUUUGUCAAGUACGAGUGAGUCAGUGAAAUUCAAAUCUAUGUCGAACACCUUUUGAGUCAGUGAAAUGAGAACUGACGGUCUUUUUACCCGUGAAUCGGUGAAACUGGACUCGCACAGGUGUUUGUCAAGUACCAGUGAGUCAGUUAAACUGGAAUAUAUGUCAAACACCUAUGAGUCAGUGAAAUGAGAACCACCAGUCUUUUUACCCGUGAAUCGGUGAAACUGGAGUCGCUCAAGUCUUUGUCAAGAACGAGUGAGUCAGUGAAAUUCAAAUCUAUGUCAAAUACUUGAGUCAGUGAAAUGAGAACCACCAGUCUUUUUACUCGUGAAUCAGUGAAACUGGAGUCGUUCAAGUCUUUCUCAAGUACAAGUGAGUCAGUGAAAUUCAAAUCUAUGUCGAACACCUUUGAGUCAGUGAAAUGAGAAGUGUCAGUCUUUUUACCCGUGAGUCAGUGAAACUCGAAUCUCUCUGAGUCAGUGAAAAAUUGAGUCUUCGAGUACCUUUGAGUCAGUAAAACUUUUGAGCAACUUUGAGUCAGUGAAACCCAAGUCUUCAUCAAGUAUCCAAAGUCAGUGAAACUAGAGUCACAUACCCAUGAGUCUUUAUCAAGAACCAGUGAGACAGUGAAACACUUCUGUCUUUGUCAAGCAGCCAUGAGUCAGAGAAAGUCAAUGAAUCUUUGUUGAGCAUAAGUCAGUGAAACUCGAAUCCAGUCAAUGUGGGGCACUUGUGAGUCAGUAAAACUCAGUUUUAGUAUUUGUCAAGCGCCUGUGAAUCAGUCCUAAUCGAGUCUUCACCAAUGUUGUCGGUUACCCGAGAACUGGAGUCUUUGUCAAGUACCCAUGGGUGUUCAUCAAAUUUGUGAGUCUUCAUCACAUGCCAGAGAGUCAUUGAAACUCAAGUCUUGUCAACGACUGAUGAAACUCUCGAGUCUUCGCUGAUGUGAGCUAGUAAAGCUUGAGUCUUUGUGGAGCACACAAAAAUCAGUGAAACUCCCGAGCACCCAAACACCCGAGUCAGUGAAAAUUUGGUCUGUCUCGAGUCUUCACCUACACGAGUUAGUUAAACUCGAGUCUUUAAGGAGUGCCCACAUGUCAGUGAAACUCGUAAGCACCCGUGAGUCAGUCAAGUACCUAAGUCAGUGAAACUCAAGUCACUCGAGUCUUUGUCAAGUACCUGUGAGUUUGUGAAACUAGAGACAGUCGAGUCUUUGUCGAGCACUUGUGAGUCAGUCGUGAGUCGGUGAAACUCUGCAGGCACCCCAGAGUCAGUGAAACUGGACUCUUUGUUGAGUACCCGAGUCAGUAAUACUGAGCGCCUAUGAGUCUUGAUGUCGAGUCUUUUCCGACUUUAGUAAAAUUUGAGUCUUUGGAAAUAGUACAAUUUGAGUCUUUGUAAAGUUAAGUCUUUGUCGAGCCACUGUGAGUCAGUGAAACUCGAGUCUAUGUGGAGCAACUGUGAGUCUGUAAAACUCAAAUCUACGUCAAACACCCGUGAGUCAUUUGAGUCUUCAUUUAGUACCCCAGUGUCAGUGAAACUCAAGCCUUUGUCGAGCACCUGUGAGUCAGGGAAACUCAAGCAUCCAUGAGUCAGUAAAACUCGAGGCCUUUUUAAGCACCUGUGAGCCAGUUAAACUAGAGUCUUUGUCGAGUACCACUAAGUCGGUGAAACUCACGGGCUGCAAAGUGAAUCGUUUGGUUUGCGGAGUCAGCGCUGCAGCUCCCGGCAGGAAAGGGAACGGUGAGUUGAUUUGUUCCCUUUUCCACAAGGCAAAUACAUUGAUACAAAUGAAGUUAAGAGUUUUUUACUUUGAACGAGUUAACCCAGACCAGUACCAGCGAGUCAUAACUGGCGCAUCUCUAUUGCCUAUUCAGUAAAAGUGUCAGUAAAAGGACAUUUAAGGUACUUGGUUAAGUUCUAGUUCCCAUACCGUUGAUAGAUGUUGCACGUUCCAGGAAUUGCGAGCAAUGAACUCCAGGUCCAGAUCACAACCCAGCUUAACAGAUGAUGUGACGUUCCUGCACACGCACGCACGCACACACACACGCGCACACACACACACACACACACACACAGAGCGAGCACGUAUUAUGCAAAAAAAGCUGCAAACUUCAACACCGCAAGCGGCAACAAAAUGAAACGCAUCGGCAGCCUACUGAAUCUGCGGGCCGGUUCGCGGCUUGGCCGUCCAGCGGUGGCUCGGGACGCGUGCGGCGGCCGGGGGAGCCGGGGGCACCGCCGCCGCCGCCGGAGGCGGGGGGCCGACGACCACCGGCAGGAAGGAGGUCAUCGGGCGAACGGCAGUCCCGGCGGGGGUCCUGCAGAUGGCCUGCAUGGCCAAAGGCCUGCGGACCCUCUCUGAAACCGGUCUGCUUUCCAAGGCCACAAACAUUUCGAGCGUCGGCAGGAGAACUUGUAUAAGGACAAAAGACACGUUAGCAGGCCCGGCCGGAGCAGAUGUUGGAGCUCCGGGGAAACAAGAGGAAGCGACAAGAAGAAGGACGCCGAGGAAAGGAGACUCCCGGACGAUAUGGCCCAAGAUGUCCGUGGAUUCUAAUCAUUCCAAUCAUUCCUGCGUGCUGGUGCCAUCGCGAGACUCCAGGAUUUCCUGUGCCUUCCAAGCAGCCGAUGAGAAAGAUGACGUCCCUGUGGUGGGAGAGGAGAGUGUUUUGGAGAUGCUGAGCUGUUCCAAGUUCUCCGACUUGGAGACAUGGCUGUGCAUGCCGUCCUCGAUGCUUCUGCCCAGACUCCUGGACUCCACCCGCACCUCCUCGUCGUCCUCGUCCAUCGGCGCCGCGUCCAACUGCUCCUCCUCCUCAGCCUCCUCCGCCUGCCGCCGCUCCACCUGCAGUGAUGGAGACAUGGCAGACAGGCCACCAGACAGGGAGGCCACCUUCCUCACCCCCGCCCUGGGCAAGGAGGCGCCGUUCCUGGUCACGCCACUCCUGCCCAUUCUCACCUCCACGCCUGCCGCAGCGGCGCUGGUGUCGCCAGGCAACUGCGCCUCCCAAGGCAGGGUCAGCAUCAGGAAGCGCCGACGCCUCGCCGCCAGCCCUGGAGGACUGCACUGGAAAUCUGCAGUGUCGGUGCCCAACGUAAGCGGAGAAGAGGAUGGAGCAGGUGAGCUGGCCAGAAGCCGCCUCCUGGCUCGCAGAGGCGGGGCUUCAGAGGCGUGGGUCGGCGACCGGGCGGCCGUGAGGAAGACGGUUUCGGUGGACGACCGACUGCUGCAGCCGGCGGGCGGAGAGCAGCGUCACCUGAAGCUGCUGAGCCGACUGGAGAGAGGAAGAAAGAAGCUGCGCAACGUCCAUAGUCUGGGAACCCCGAGCAGAUACGACUCCAGAAAGAAGUCAGACAGCAAGAUCGCACGCUUGGCUCAGAGGUGGAACCAGCGUGGUGCCGGAGAUGCGCUGCUUAAAGAACUGAAGCCCCUGUUUCACACAGGACCACCCAGAUCCUCACUCAGCCUGGACAGACGCCUCCCGGCUGUAAUGACCCAACAGAUGCAGAACCUGCAGCUGUCCCAAGCCAGGAAGUGCCCCGGCGGACCGGCCUCCCCCAAUGCCGCCAAGCGCCUCUAUCGGAACCUGUCGGAGAAGCUGCGAGGAAGCACGUCGUCCUUCGAAGACGCUUACUUCUUUGGAAAGACCGAUCGCCUCCGCAAGGCCUCGACCAUGCAGGGCAGCGACUGCCUCUUCGAGGCCGUGGAGCAGCAGGACCUGGACACGGUGCAGAUUCUGCUCUGCCAGUUCUCGGCCGAAGAUCUGGACCUCAACACCCCCAACAGCCAGGGUCUGACGCCGCUGGACAUUGCCAUCAUGACCAACAACACGCCCAUCGCCAAACUGCUGCUCAAAGCCGGCGGCAAAGAGGGCCCGCACUUCGCCAGCGCCGAGAGCCGGGAGGCCCACCUGAGCGCCCUGGUGGCGGAGGCGGAGCAGCGGGCGUCCGACCUGGCGGCGCGGGCGCAGCGGGACGGCCUCUCGCUGGAGGCCUGUCACAAGGACAAGCAGCUGAGGGCCUGGGAAUGGAGAUGCAAGCUUUACAAGCGCAUGAGGAGCGGCUUCCAACACGCGUGUCCUCCGGACGCUCCGACCAUGGUUCGUCUGAGCGUGAGCAGUAGCUCCACGCUGACCGUCGCUUUCCAGGAGCCACAGUGUCUCAACUCCUCCGUUGUGACCAAGUACAGAGUGGAGUGGAGCUGCCUCAAAGACUUCUCGCUGCUCGCCGGGGAGAUGCUGCUGGAGAACCUGCAAACCCUCAAAUGCACCAUCAGCAGCCUCACCACGGGUCGUCUGUACUACGUGCGGAUAUCGGCCUACAACAUGAAGGGCUGGGGCCCUCCUGCAUCCUCCCUGCCGCCGUCUGCUGCUCCUUCCAACUGGCGAGAAAGCGAGGGCCGGGAGCCCAGGAGGCGGAGUCACAUUGACGCCAUGGAGCGCCUGCUACAGCAAGUCAGAGCCACGCACUCGCACUACUGCUGUGGAGACGCUUCCAAGCUGCAGAACCCCAGCAGGAAGCAGUCGGUCUCCAGAAGCCUCAAACAUCUUUUCAACUCCUCCAACAAGUUUGUGAAGACGCUGAAAAGGGGGAUCUACUUGGCCGCCGUGUUCUACCACAAGGACAGUCUACUGGUCACAGCCGAGGACCAGAUACCCAUCGUGGAGGUGGACGACUCGUACAGCAGCUCCCUCAUGCAAGACUUCCUGUGGUUCACCAAGCUGUCCUGCAUGUGGGAGGACGUGCGGUGGCUGAGGCAGAGCACGUCGGUGUCCAUGUCCUCGUCCUCCACCUUGCAGGCCCGCCACAAGAUGCUCAGCGCCGCCGGGCAGCUGCAGAAUCUCCUGGGAACGCACAACCUGGGCCGGGUCCACUACGAGCCCAUCAAAGAUCGCCACGGCAACGUGCUGCUGGUGACCAUCCGCGACACCGAGAACCAGCACUCGCUCUUCAGCGGCAAGUGGAUGCAGGUGACCAAGCUGCAGAGUCAAAGGAAGUCCCUGUCCACGCCCGAGGAGCCCUACGCGCUCGACAUCCUCAUCAUCACCUUGCAGGACAUUUUGGCGUACCAGCGCCGCAGCACCCUCCGCCAGCCCCCGGGCCUCUAUCUGGGUUACCUGAAGCUCAGCAGCUCUGUGGACCAGAUCAGGGUCUUGGUCUCCCAGAGGACGCCCAACAUGCUGUGCCACGUCCGCAUACGGGAAAACUCCAACGUCUCCAGGGAGGAGUGGGACUGGAUCCGCAAGCUGUCUGCGGUCGGCGAGAAAGAUCCCAGCGGCGAGGAGAGUGAAGAGGCGCGGCCCAGACCUGAAAGCCACGCCCCUUUGCUGUUCUACGAGCUGCAGACGGCAAUCAAAUCCCUGCUGAAGCACAUCAACCUACCUCUGCACCAGGCCCGUCACUUCCGCCUCUACAGUCAGGAAGUGGUGGAGCUCGGUCACGGCAUCUCCUUCCUGCUGCUGCUGCCCGCUGCCGACGACGUUUGCUCCGCCCCCGGUCAGUCCAACCCAUACACGCCGCUGUCGGGAUUCCUGCACCUGCCCCUGCAGAUGUUUGAGCUUGUGCACUUCUGCACCUUCAAAGAGAAGUUCAUCAGUCUCUACUGUCGCCUGUCCUCCGUGCUGGACCUGGAUGCCCUCAUUACCCAGCAGGCUCUGCGGGAGGCCAUCACGGACAGCGAGGUGGUGACAGCCAGGCAGAGACAUCAGCUCAUACUGGACUACAUUCACCAGCUGGACGAGACGCGUCGAGACCUCCGCUGGCUGACGGACGCUCUGCAGUACGCUCGCUACAAGCACCCUCGCGGCGGCGUUCCGAUCACCUGCCUGGUGGACGCCAGCGCUCCGGAAAGCGACUCGGGCCAGCAGAAGAACGACUCCACCUCCUCCAACAUGGACUACCCGCCCACCCCGUCCCCCUCGCCAGAACUGUGCAGGAGGAAGGCCAUCAGUGACUCGCUGCUGUGCUCGGACGAAGACGGCUCCUCGGAGGUGUUCCUGCCCACGGACAGUGACUACGACUCCAGCGACGCCCUGAGCCCCCGUGAGCUGGACCUGCUGUACUCGCCCCCCCAAGACCUGUCCCAGCAGGCCAUGCAUUCCCUGGGAGGAAGCGCCCCCGACGUGCUCCAGAUCCACGAGCUCAGGUACAGCACCCCCCCGCUGAAGGACCUUCCCCUUUCCCCAGCAGUGAAGGAUUCCAAAGACCAACCCCUGUCCUCUCCCCUCCUCCCGCACCCCCCAUCUCUGUCUAAGGACUUGUCUACCUUUCCUUUUGGCCUGCCUCGCUCCCCCUCCCUCCCCAGAGCGCUCCCCACCUCGCCAUCCACCCCACUGUCCCCAAGGUUUUCCGGGGACCUUCCGCUGUCCUUGCCCCUGUCCCCGGCCUUGUCUGACACCACCAAGACUCUUCAAGGCCUCUCUCUCUCUAAGAACCACCACGAGGGUACCCACCCCCUGAGGGCCGUAUCCAACCCCCCCUCUAAGCGCAAACUGCUCUCCAGGAGCCACCGGGGGCAGUAUUUCAGCGGACCGCAGCGCUGGCUCAGGGGCCACAGCGGUGAGUGUCACACGGGGUCCUUAUCUGAGGGCGUGUACACCAAGCAGCGUGACCCUGACCUGCCCCGGCCCGAGGACCCAUCCACCCCGCAGGGCAGCACCCACAUGAGCCAUAGCACCUGUGUGUUGGAGAGUCGCAAGGCCCGUCUUCGCGACCACCGGCCCCACGUCCGCAGAAUCUUUGUGGAGUCCUACAAGGACCCGUUGCCGGGUAAGGGGAGGCGGGACCAAGAGACGGCGGUGGCAGGCGUGUGCGUGGUGAAGGCGGAGUCUGGAGGGGAGGAGCCAGAAGGAGCCGCCGGCCAGGACGUCGACUCGGACGACCAAACCAAUGCCCAGGUGUCUGAGAUACUCAGCAGCACACUCUAGGCUCCGCCCCCCUUUUGGACGCUCAGAUCUUGGUUUUUAGGCCUCGGCACCGGCCCGUCAUGUGACCACGAGGUGUCUGCCACUCAUGAAGGUAUGGCUUUGCAAUUUUUCUUCUCUUCGUGGGCCCCCGUGGCGGCCUGUGGCCACCCCUGGCGGCCUGUGGCCACCCGUGCCGGCCUGUGGCCACCUGUGGCGAGCGUCCCUCAAAACUUAGUAGAUUGUGGAUUAAAGUUGCUGGUUCAACUUG